AUGAGACAAACACCUGACGAAAUAGACGGACACCUCUUGUGUCUUUCUCACGCCUCCCUUCUUUUUUGCUUGUUCCCUUAUAAGCUAGGCGUCGAACACGUCUUUCCGUUCUCUUCCCAAUUCCCAGGGGGACUUCCAACCAAUUUUCUCUCCUUCUUUAAAUUUCUCUCUUUCUAUUUCUCUUCAUUCCCUAGUUCUCGCCAUAUACCCUCUUUUCUUCUCGCCAUAUACCCACUCUUUCGUUCCCUAAUUUUCUCUUUCUAUUCCCCUCCUUGCUUCCUUCCUUCAGUUCCCUUUUUUCCAUUUUCUUCUUCGUCUCCUCAAUUCUCUCUAUCUACCCCUCUUUCUUUCCCUAAUAUUCUCUUUCUGUUUCCCUCCUUCUUUCCCUAUUUCCUUUUUCCCUCCCCUCUUCGUCCCCCAAUUCUCUCUAUCUACCUCUUCUUCUUUCACUAA